AAUAGACUUAGCGAAGAAGGAGUCGAAUUGGUCAAGCAGAUCCCAUAUCAGUCAAUACCUAGCUUUGCUGGCAAGCUCACGCAUGCGGCAUACAAGUGUAUCCCUGUAUCGUACAUUGUCUGUGAGCAUGAUUUGAUCCUGACACCAGAAGUCCAACGAUCAUUUAUCGCAACCAUCGAGAAGGAAGGUGGAAGCAGGUGAAGGUUCACACACUCCAGACUGGGCACUGUCCGAACACCAGUGCUCCA